GACACAGCUUCCGUCCCGACCAAAGGGACGCCACUGCACCUUCGACAAGGCCGUCGGCCCGGACUUGAGCCUGAUAUAUCCACAGGACUACUACGUCGAUCGUCGUGAACUCCUCGACGGUAUUUGGGACCGUUGAAGAACGAUCAACCACCUAGGACAGUGACUUCCAUCUAGCGAAGAUGCACAAGUCGGUGAUAGUCUACCUUCUCUCGAUCGUCGCCUUCGGGGUGUCCCAGAAUGCCUGGCGCGACCGCUACUUGAUCCCGGGUGAGACGGGCGCCUUUUCCGACAAGAUGAUCCAGUACAUAAACUACCUCAACACUACUUGGAAGGCCGGCCGUAACCCUGGCUUCGAAGAUCCCGAGUACGUACGUAGCCUCCUCGGAGUGUCGCCGGAGAACCAUCGGUACCGGCUGCCCGAGCGGGCAUUGGACCUCAGUUCACUCGGUCCCUUGCCGGAGAACUUCGAUUCUAGGGAAAACUGGCCCGAGUGCACCACCAUUGGCGAGAUUCGGGACCAAGGUUCCUGCGGAUCAUGCUGGGCUUUUGGAGCCGUGGAAGCAAUGUCGGACCGGACCUGCAUUCAUUCACCGUCGGGAGGACCGAAGCUGGUCGUCCACCUUUCCGCUGAUGAUUUGCUGUCAUGCUGCAGAACAUGUGGAAGUGGGUGCAACGGCGGUUUUCCGGGUUCCGCCUGGAGUUUCUGGGCGAAGAAGGGCAUCGUCACGGGCGGCAACUAUGAGUCGGACGACGGCUGCAUGCCGUACCCGAUCAAGGCGUGCGACCACCACGUCAACGGAACCCUGGGUCCCUGCGACAAGAAGAUCCCGCCCACACCACGCUGCGUGCACAUGUGUCGGAAGGGCUACGACGUCGACUAUCACGACGACAAGCACUACGGCAAGAGCUCUUACUCGGUGCCAUCGAUGGAAAAGCAAAUCCAAGCAGAGAUCAUGACCAAUGGUCCAGUAGAAGCAGACUUCACAGUCUACGCUGACUUCGUACACUACAAGUCUGGAGUGUACCAGAGGCACACGGACGAGGCUCUAGGUGGCCACGCCAUCAGGCUGCUGGGAUGGGGCGUCGAGAAUGGCGUCCCCUAUUGGUUGGCCGCCAACUCGUGGAACACCGAGUGGGGAGACAAAGGCUUCUUCAAGAUCCUUCGCGGAUCAGACGAGUGUGGCAUCGAAGACGACGUCGUUGCCGGCCUUCCAAGAUACUGACGUUCCUCACGCGUAUUUGCCUUAGACAACGAGCGCAGCUCGACGUGAUCGGUCUUGCUGCGCGUGUGUUGUGUGUACUCAACACAGCCGUUUUCAUAUGCUUCUGUCCUUCUAGAAAUACGAUAACUCGCGUUCAUGUUUGCCGAAAGGGCCGCCAAUAAAAGCCGAG